AUGCUCAGCUCAGGAUUCACAAAUGCGCUGGUGACCAAAUUGGCUCUCGUUUAUAUCAUUGCUGCAUCGAUACUGGUGAGCAUUGCAGAUGCCAAAUACCUGUUUCACAUUCAAGUGAAUCCACACAUAUGGCAGUAUCGUCAGCUAUGGCGGUUUCUGAUCUGGCCGCUCUGUUAUACCAAUUCAACGGAGGUUCUACAGGCAGGAAUGGUUAUCUAUAGCCUACGAGUCAUAGAACGGCUAUGGGGAUCGAGAAAGUUCGCGAGCUUUAUUCUUAGCACCCUUCCGUUUACAACUCUUCUCCCACCUCUUAUUCUCACGAUUGUGGUCCGCCCGCUAUCUUUGAAUACAUUGAACCAUCUCCCCGCUGGACCAACUGCAAUUCUCUUCGCCAUACUCGCGCAGUACCACGCCACUAUCCCCACGACGUACAAGUACCGUUUGUUAACCAGCUCAUCGGGUAAUGGAUCAGCCAUUAAAUUCAGUGACAAAUCGACAAUAUAUUUCCUUGCAUUCCAACUGGCCUUGUCACAGUUGCCCCACACUAUACUGCCGGCAUUCAUAGGCUGGGUGAUAGGCUACGCAUGGCGUGCUGAGCUGCUUCCAAGCAAGAUAUCAUCAUGGAGAAUACCGGGUUGGAUAUAUGGUGGCUCGCCGGAACGUCAGAGACGGCGUGGAAUUCCGAGAAAUAGGGGUGAUGGUGAUGCUUCCUCUUCUGGGACAGGAAGCAGAGAUCCAGAGCGGUUAGAAGGGCUACGGCGAAGGCUAGAGGGUGAAUCUAGAGCUGCCUUUGUUGCUGUUGCUAGCACAGACACUGAUGGGGGCAGAAGAAGUACAGGUAGUGCUGGCAGUGGGGUUGGUGGUGCGCAAGAAGUAGAGCAGCGAAGGCCGCUGGCUGGACAGAUAUUAGACCGGUUUAGGGGAACCUUCUGA